AGUUGGCAGUAUGCUGCUCUUCGGGUUGCAAAUCCGACGUUAGUUAACACAAAUCUGACAACGAUUCUAAUUCCUCCAAGUUUUAUAUAUUGGUGACGUGAUCCGAUACAGCUCGUUCAUUAUCGUUAUCUCAUUAGUUUCUGAUGGAUAUAAGAGCGAGCUUUUCUUCCCGAUAAAAAUUCCAGAGUGAUACCUUAUCGUCAUGGAGAUGCUUAACAGCGACGAUUGAGGGAUUGAAAGCGAAAGUGGCUUUCAGAUAAAUUAUGAUACACGUGUCGUCCGAGAACGCGCACAGGUAUGAUCGGAUGAAGCGUAAAGGUGCAGCUUUUCUCACGAAUCUGUUCAAAUCGAGAAAGCUGACAAUAGGAAUGAAGAUUAACGAGGACGAAGAGAUGGAACGCGCGCCCAGGGUGGAAACUCCUGCAAUUAUUACCAAUGCUUGUCGUCGGAGCGGCUCGGAGAACGACAACACGAUGUCGCGAAUUCCGUCGACCUUGAGUGUGACAGCGGUGGAUGUUGUCGUUUCUUGUCAGCCGUCACCCUCGCACUCAAUUCUGACCCUGACACCCGGUAGAACGCGUAACAUCGAUCAGGACAUGGAGGCGCUCAGACUGAGUCGUCAGGACAAUCCUUUUCUACAGGUACUAGCAAGUCGAGAGAGCCUUGUGGAAUCGAUCGAGGAAUCCGAGUCUGACGAUGCGAUUCUGAUGUCGCAGGAAUUGGGCGACGCGGAUCCUCUCACACUCGCGCAGGUACACGAGCACCUGGUACGCAGUCCACCUCCGGCUUCGUGGCCCAAUUCCACAGCCUUUCAGUUUCCCCAUCAGGAUCAGAAUACUACUCCAUUCAAGAACGACGCGAUACCACAAGCUAAAAGUCCAUUAAAGACACCCUCACAUCGUAAUAACGAGCACGAGCUCUCCAGGAGCGAGCCAUUGACCGAUAUCAGAGAUCGGCAUUCUCAUCCUUUCUCGUUACUACAUCCGACGCCGAUUCGUUCCUUGUCGGAAGUUCGACGACUCCAUCGAUCGGCCGAUGAUAGCGUGCAACUCAUGUCAAAUGAAUAAAUUUCGCCAUUGGAUCAUGAUUUGAGUGGUUUCUCGCCAGAGUCGAUAUCUAGAAGGAUAUCGACUCUCAAUUUUGCCGAUUGUUCUUCGAGAACAGCGGCUGCUGAUGAGUCGAAGAAAAUUUCGUAUGUGAAAACGAAAUUUAUAAUUGAUUCUAGACAAGGUUUGUGCUAAUUAAGAAGAUUGCUGAACAAGAAAUACGAAGAAUCGUCAAGAUUUCAUAUUCGAUCAGAUUGGGGCUACGAUAAAUUUGAGAUCGAUAAGAUAGAAUUACAAAGCGAGUAAUAAUGCUUUGGAAUAAGAUUUUUAAUUGCAAUUAAUAAUACCGUUAGAAUAUAUGAAACUUGGAAGUUCAAUAGUUUAAUGAAUUUGUUUUUUAAUCAAUUAUAAAAUUAUUUCUCAUGGAAUGGAAUAUAUUAAUAAUUUCAAUUUUUAAUUGAUUUAAAUAAUCUUGAUUAAUCAGAUUGUGUGUAUCGAAAUCUGUGUGUGUGUGGGCGUUAUAAAUAAUUCACAAUUACGAUCAUAUAUUUUAUCAAUAGGCCUAUUUUUUAUAAUCAUUUUAUAAUCAAUCAAAAUACAACAUCAAUACAUUUUUUUACUAUUUUUUUAUUUAAUGGUUAAAUAAUACGCGUUUUAUUUGAUUUAUUUAUUUGCGGAUAAUGUAUGAAUAAAUAAUGUGAAUUAUUAAAUGCGCGCAAAUAACCAGGAAAUAUUCACACUUUAACUUUUUAAAGAUACGUCAAAUCGAAGAGUUCAAGAAUCCAAAGAGAUGUUGCGGAUCUUAUGUAAGGUAGCUUGCAAAAGAUUUUAAGAAUACUUAUAACUAACAAAAAAUAUUAUCUCUGCUAAAUCGUCAGCUGAGAGUUAGAUGAAUAUUUAAUAUACCUAUUGGAUUUUCAAGCUUUAAAUUUAUGGAUAAUUCGGAAUUUGCAAUUGUAUCUUUAGACUCUGUCGCAAAGAGCAAUAUAUCGUUAUGUAACAAUCGUUAAAGCGCGCAUUGCAUAAUUAUUAAAUUAUUAUCUAUUACGAGCCUGAUAGUAUCGAAAUUUGUUAUUAAUAUGAUGGUUAUUGUUGACGCACAUGUCUGUAAUUAUUCGUGCAAUUUAAAUGUCUAUUUUGUGUAGCUAUUUUAAAAAUAUUUCAAAAACAUUUACUUAUGUGUGUGAAUCUUUUCUAUAUCACUGAAUAUAUUAAUUAAUGAUUCUUGAUUGUUGUUAAGCUAGCACAAAUAUUUUUCUCGAUCGAUUAUACACGUAAGUUUCUUUUUUUAUAAUAUAUUGCGAGGAUAUUAUAAAUACAGAAUGCACAAACAUUUUUCCGCUAUUAAAACUCACUUUUAAAGACGACUUAAAAUAAUAAUUGCACGUAAAAAUUAAUAACCAACCGAAAAAUAAUUUUAACGCUGACGAUGCGCCAAAUGUACAGGCCUCAAUUAAACAAUUCCUCAAAUUAGAUAAAUAGACAAAUAGUAAUAAGAUCUUUUUUAUGAGACAAAGCAGUGGAUAGAUUUAUCUAUAACGAUUUACUUCCGAUAUUGAAAGUAACAUUUCUUUUAACGAUAAAAACCGUCGUCAAUGAAUUCUCAACGAAUCAAAAGUAUUCUUGUUUGUUCUUCUCUUUCUAGGAUGACGAUUUUUGUAGACAAUAUAAAUAGAAUCUCUCCUUUCUCUCUCUCUCUCUCUUUCUCUCUUUCUCUCUCUGAUGUGUUUUUUCCAAAUAUAAUAGAAAAAAUUUGUUACGAAGUUAUAUAAAAUAAUAUUUGGAAUUCUUUUUUUAUGAAAAAUAAAUAAAAUAAUUAAAUUGUUGCAUUUGGAACGUCAAUUAGCUUUGCCAACAUCUCUCGGGCAUUAAAUGUUAAAUUAAUUGACAUAUUAAUUAACACGACUACAUCUAUAUUUUUAUAUUAAAUAUGAAAUUUUAUUGAAAUUAUUUAUGUUAUUCACAAAGUCGUUAUAAAAAAGAGUGGAAUUUAACUUUCCAUUUGCAUUAAACUCCUUAAAAGUUUUGCACAUUAAAUUUAUUUUUAAUUUAUCAGGUUAUCACACCUAAAAUUAGCUCUAGAACCCAUCAAUUUCUCUUAUACAUUUGUCGAAAAAUAUUUGAUAUCAUUUUUGGAUAAGUUUAAAUGAUAGUAUAGUAAUGGGUGGCCAACCGAACGCAGUAGGAUUAUGUUUAUCAGGAGUAUAACAAUAUUGAAACAUUAUUAUUAAAAUUCAUACAUAUUCAUAUACUCAUCCAUGUAUAAAAGUUAUAUAAAUAAAUAAUAAAUUAAUCGUUAGGACAACUUCGAACUCAUUAAUAUAAACUGUAUUACGAAGAUUAAAAAAGGUAAAGAGGGACGAUUUUUCUCUGUCCAAAGGCAUCUUAUAAAUAUAUACGUCUCACUUCGGUUACGGUCACCCGCCGAUGAAAACAAUCGGCGAAAUUUUAGCAGGGUUUAUACGAACUUUGGAAAAACAGUGUAGCGGAGUACCUAUAGAAAAAUUACUAUAUACCAUAUUAGAGUCCAAUUGACUUGGCCAUUGAGAGAAUUGAGAUUAAUUAUAUUAUACUUGUACUUAGAAAUCUUAUAAGCGUUAGAGAGUUUGAGAAAGCGUUUGAUGACGCAAAAACAAGAUGUAAACUCACAAAAAAAAUAGAAAGACAGUAGAGAGACCUAUUUAAUCUAGCCGAGUGUAAUAUAUACAUUUCACACACGUGAAAUGUUCGCGGUAUCAAAGAUGUAAACGCAUUUGGAGCAACAGUGAACUAUGUUCGAAAUUUGUAGAGUCUAUUAUGAAUAUAUCCUAAAGUGGACUUUUUAAGUAAAUUAAGUGGACCAUAGAUACGACUUUAUGUCUUUAAAGUAGCUUACAAAUUACAAGCUCACUUUGUCUCUCUCUUCUUUUGAACGAAUGUUUAAACAGUAACGAGGAUAUUACCAAACAUCUCCUAGUAGUAAGGAUUCUCGGUAUCAAAGAUAGCUGGUAUUAAGGAUAUAUAAAUGGUAUAAAUUACACUUAUCCGAGAAUCAUGAUUAUCAUCAGAAAGUUGAUGAUAUCAAUGGUGCAGAAGACCAGCGAUCCAUGAUACGAAGAGUCCGUGGUAAAUAGGAUCGAAAUAAGUCUUAAUAAAGAUAGAAUGGUCAUUAGCGGACACUUUCAAUAGCCAAAUGCCGCAAGAUAGAUAUCUUGCCACGAUGUAAUGGCCUAUAAAAGCAUGUACUCAUCGAAGGCAAUGAAUCAUACUUAAUAAUGAACGAAGCGAAUAUCUUUUUAUCGAGACUUUGUGAAAUUUCAAGGCUGUCUGCGUGUAUCGAAAAGUCUUAUCACUCAUUGCAGGCUGCAAAUUCCAAAUUAAAGAAAAAGAAGAGUAUUCUCAGGUGGACAGUUUAAUUUAAAACACCCUAUAUAUAAAUCGUAUAUGAGAAUCGCAAUUACGAGAUUCUCCAUGUAAGAUCUCAUAACAAAUUGGAUAGUACUAUCGCCGCAUUAUUUCGUGAUAAUUAAUUGAAGGGAUCAUUAUUGAUCGCAAUAUUGACUAUCAUCCAUUAACUCUUUUCAUUUGUCUUCGCAAUUAUUAAUAACAUGCGGAUUUGUGUGCAAACACCAACAGCGAGAUAGAGAGUAGGAAACAACGACAUAAUAAACAACAUAAUUGCGAACUUUAUUUAAGAAGUAAAACAUGAAAAUAAAAUAAAGACUGUAAUGUAUUUGUCCGAAACUAUAUGUACAACAGAACGAAUAUAUGUAAUCAUAAUAAUUAUUUAUUAUUUAACUCUUAUUUGUUUUUUUAGAAAUUUACUUAAACUUUAUAUAUAUAUAUAUAUUUCGCUGUUCGUUUUUGCGAACAUAAAUCAGUAUCGUGGUUAUUAAUGAUAUUAACAUACUUAAGCGAGUGUAUGUAUUAUAUUAUUGUAUUAAAGAGACUAGAGAAUGUCCAACACACACAAAUAUAUAUAUAUAGACACUUGCAUAGUAUGCGUUUUGCGGUCGCGCAAAAUCUGCGCCGCGAUCUCUAGAUGUGUUUGUUGUUUUCGAAUAAAAAUGAAAUAUAUUUGUGUUACUGUAAACAU